CGACAAGAUGGACGACUCGAUGAACCCUAACCCUGCCUUCUUACCUCUUCCACCUGGCUGCCAAUUCUUUCCUUCAGAAGAAGAGCUCGUCUGUCACUACCUUGCCCUCAAAAACAGUGGUGAUCAUCUCGGAUCCAACUUAAUUGAGGAGAUCGAUCUGUAUCGUUUCGAACCAUUCGAUUUGCCGGGGAGGGCCUGCUUUUUGUUUGGGCGUGAAGGGAAGCGCAAGCAUUGGUAUUGUUUCGCGGCCAUGCCUAGGGUUAAGAGAGGAAGAGGGGAGAAGAGACGAGCCGGUGGCGGGAUUUGGAAACGGAGUGGUUCGGUGAAGGAUAUAGUGGGUGCGGGUGUACAAGGGGUUGUGCUGGGGACGCGGAAGACUUUUGUGUUUUAUUUGGGUGAUUCGCCCAAGACUGCUGUGAGGACCAAGUGGAUCAUGUACGAAUAUGCGUUGGUUGAUCAAAAAAUGGCAGAAGCUUCUUAUGUUCUGUGCCGAGUGUUUGCCAAAUCUCACCACCGAAGCAACACCCCAAGUGAUGUCCUGAAAUCAUGUGGUGAGAAUGUUAAAACAGUGCGCCACAUUGGUAUUCAGUGUGAUGAUGCACUCAUCAGUGAAAGUGGGAUGGUUAAGAUGAAUCCAUUGGCCUUGGAAGAAGACUUCAUUGAGCUAAAUGAUCUUCUCCGUCCACUUUAGGUUGUCAAGUAAAUCCCAAGUGCUUGAUGAGGCUUCAUUAUGGAGGUCCACUUCAAACUAUGAUUGAAAAACCUACGAAAGGUUUCACGAAAAUCUGGACAGAAAGCGUUGCAUAUCUUUCUGUACACAAUGGUGUCACAAGGCUAGUCUGCCCUCCCAAGGUAUUCGGUUUGCUUAUUUGCUUUCUUUUUUCAAUCUAGUCCCCCGGGUGUUGCCUCAACUGUAGGAUGGUGGUCAUCCGUACAGGAGGUCGGGUUCAAACUCGGGCGGAUAUAUUCCCGAGAGUUGGGGUCAGCUGACAUUUGACCCCUAAAUAUCCAUAAAUUUGAAUACCAAAAAUUCAUGGAUAUGCUACCGUUUCAAUCUUGUAUGGUUUUGGAAUCGACAAGCAGAUCUGCGGAUGCUGGUGGCAUGGAUGGAAGGGAGUACUGCAUGGAAAGACCGGUGAUGGUGAUGUUAUUGCUAAAACGGUCGGUUUCAGAUGCUUCACCUGCCUUUCUUCUCUUCUGUUCAUGCUACCUGUUUAUCUAUCAAAUGGCUUUACUUCCUUAAACCUGUACUAUUUUUACACGUGUAUCAUGUUGAAGAAUUCUUUAUAUUAUGUAAUACAUAACAUUGAGGUUCACUUAAUCUCUUGUGUGUAUUUUUACAACAUGAUCAGUAAAUCCCAUGAAGAGAUGUUUAAAAUAUGCAAAAA